GAUUUGCUUUCUUAGUCACAGAAACAAAACCAAACAAUUCGUUUCAAAACAUUAUCAUAUGCGAUCGAACGCCUCGUCGUGUCUCCUGUUUUCCCAGCCCAAUUCCUCGAGAAGACCGCCGACGGAGUAGAAUCUUCCGGUGACGCUAAAGCAAAUCCUAGGGCUCUUCCCGUCCACCAGGAUAUCCGAUCCAGGCGAGGCGGCCAUCUCUUUUUUUUUUUUUCGAUCAUGAAGAAGACGAAAUCGAACAAGGCUACUUCGCAGGAGCAGCAGAACGAUCACACCCCAUCCUCCAAGUUACUCAAAUUGCUCGAUCCCGAGGCCUCCUGGGAUAAGGAUAAUUUGGGGGAUACCCUGCACUGGAUCCGCCAGGGAUUGGGUAUUUUGUCCGGGUUGUUGUGCGGCGCCGUACCCUUGAUUGGGGCUUUCUGGAUUGUUGGAUUUCUGGUGAUAUCGACCAGCAUUGUAUAUUGUUAUUACACCUAUGUACUAAAAAUUGACGGAGAAGAUUUUGGAGGUCAUGGUGCAUUGCUUCAGGAGGGGCUUUUUGCUUCAUUUACCCUAUUUUUGCUCUCAUGGAUUGUCGUAUACAGUUUACUACAUUUUUGAAGACAGUCGUGUACACACUUCUCUAUGGAAUCUGGAUUUAAUGCCCCAUCGUUUUGGCAUUGGAGUGAUUGGAAUUCUGUUAGGUUACUUUUUAUCAAGAAUUGUAUGGACAGGUGCGCACAAAUGCAUCACUGCUUAGCGUGAUUCGUUUGGUGUGGUGACAUGGGUUGUCAACCUAUACUUUUGUGUUUGACUAUGCUCGACGCCCAUGAUUUUGAGCAAUAAUAAGGUGCAGGAGUAUUUAAGAGGUUCUUGAACUAGAACGGGUACCAUUUGCAAAAUGUGGCCAUCUGCAUCAUCUUUGUUUUUAGCUUUUAUUUUUUUAUAUGGCAAUAGUGUGAUUCAAACAUAGUUGAACCGUGACGUUUUACUUUCAGGACCAUGAUGUAUGAUCAUUUUGCUUCAAGAACUAAAGAGUUUUAACUUUUUCCUA